AAGGAGAGUCCUUUGGCCAAGGGCACUGUUGAAAACAGAAGAAGCGAACUAUCUUCCCCACGGAGUAAGACACCAACGCUCCAGCAGUGCACCUCUUACAGUAGGAAUCACUCUGCUGAAUGAGGUGCAGUGAUGAGUACUGAGCAUAGAUGGGAGUGCCUGAAGGAAAAUUGAAAGAAACCUCUUUUAGGAAUCUACCAUAUUUUUGAUAGGACUCCUGGAGGAAGGAGGUUGGGGAAACAAAAGCCAAGCCAUAAUAUCUCAAAAUGGAUCAAUAACAAAGUACUUGAAGACCACAGCUCUAGAGAGCCUCCCAAGAGCUAUAGAUUAUGAUGAAUUUGAAGAGCAAGAUUGAUAAGGAUGGAGAAGAAAAAUGCAUAUGUGAAAGGAGAGAAAACUCUGGAAAGAGAAGGGCGAGUCAGCAUUUACAUCUUGGAAACACUAGAACAUAUCAAGUUACAAGAAUUAUUGCUUUAUGACAAAGGGCAGACGCAGACUCUAAAGGAGAAGCGUGACGCUCCGCCUGUCAUGGCCUACCCGGGAUACGGAGGAGGGUUUGGAAAUUUUAGUGGUCAUAUGCCAGGAAUGCAAAUGGGACAGCCAAUGCCAGGAACAGGGCCACAUGUGCUCCCUGGUGGGUACUCCGGAUACCCAACUUAUUCUGACAGUUAUCCCUCAGCAGGAGACCCCGUGUGGAUGUACUUCACUGCUAUUGCUGGACAGGAUGGUGAAGUGGAUGCAGAAGAACUUCAGAAAUGUUUGACACAGUCCGGAAUUAGUGGAACUUAUUCUCCCUUCAGUUUGGAAACCUGCAGAAUUAUGAUUGCCAUGUUGGAUAGAGAUUACACAGGAAAAAUGGGAUUUAAUGAAUUCAAAGAACUUUGGACAGCUCUUAAUGCCUGGAAACAAAACUUCAUAAGUAUUGAUCAAGACCAAAGUGGCACAAUAGAACACCAUGAAUUGAAUCAAGCCAUUGUUGCUAUGGGUUUUAGGUUGAGUCCUCAAACUUUAACUGCUAUCGUUAAACGUUAUAGCAAGAAUGGCAGAAUAUUCUUUGAUGAUUAUGUUGCUUGCUGUGUGAAGCUUCGAGCGUUGACAGAUUUCUUUAGGAGAAGAGACUACUCGCAACAAGGGAUUGUGAAUUUUGUAUAUGAUGAUUUUUUGCAGGGUACUAUGGCAAUUUGAAUACCUAGAAUUUGAAAGCUGAAGAAAUACUGUGAAUUUUUCUGCUUAGAAGAAAUGAACUGGACUACUCUGAAUUAAAGCUUUGGGGGCUUUUCCAUAUUUCUACCUGUUAAAUCUCUUCCCUUUAUAUUAUAUAUCUAAUAUAUAUGUCAUAUAUAUGAUAUAUAUAUAUAUAUCUAGCAUCAUAUGUUUUUAUUUUAGCUCACAAUUCAAAGCAGUAAAAGAGAUGUUUUUUGUAUUUGGGAUGUUAUUGCUUUUAGAAAAAUUACCGCUUUACAGAUAUCUGCAUAUGUCAUAAAUAUUGGUGUAUGAUAUUGAUGUAAAUAUCUGUUAGCCUUAAUUUUUAACAAUAUAAACCUAGAGGAAUGUGUUUAUGAGAUAGAUUAUAUAAGAAGCCACAUAAUGAAAGCCUAGAUAAAACUAAUUUAUACUUAUCAGACGGUUACAAAUUUUACUUUCAAAUUUUGUUUGCAGUUGUUGGUGUUUGAGGGUGAGCUAGAAGCACAGUCCUGGAUUUUGUGCCAUAUUCAUUAUGGGGUUUGUUCUUGUUCACAUAAGAAUAGAGAACAGAAACUCACUUAUCUUUAACUGUGAAGAAGAAAAUUGUAGUUCCUAAAAUUUUAUUUUAAAUUGCCUUAGAUGGACCAUAAGAUAAUAUAUAGUGAAAUAAAGACUACAGGAGGCAUAAUUUUUCCUUUUUUAUAUUUUACAUUAUAUAUUUUUCUUCAAUAUGUUUUGUUGUCUUCUCUGGAAAAAAAGUUCUUAAUAAACAACUUUUCUCUCUGCA